AUGAGAGGUCAUACCGGGGAGAGACCAUAUAAAUGUGCAACGUGUGGAUCAUCAUUCACCCAGAAGAGCAAUUUGCGUGUACAUAAUCGAACACAUACUGGUGAAAAGCCUUUCAAAUGUGACAUGUGCGAUGUUUCGUUCAGUCAGGGUAGUCAUUUGACUGCUCACAAACGAAUUCAUAAUAAUGAACGGCCAUAUGCAUGUGACAGCUGCCAACAAAUGUUUACACAGCGUAGUGCUCUGAAACGGCACAUAAUGACACAUACAGGUGACAAACCACACAAGUGUGAUGAGUGUAGUGCCAAAUUUUCACAGAAAGAUGAUUUAAGAAGACACUUAAAGGUUCAUACUGGAGAAAAGCCAAUCAUGUGCUCAUACAAGCAUUGCAAUAUGAAUUUCACAGAUAGAACAGGUUUGACAAGACACAUAAAAUCAGUACAUUGUGACAAACCAGAGUUACCAGGAGAUGGAAAGAAAAAGAAAAGAAAGAAAUCAGGAUCAAAAUCAUCCCCAUGCCCAAGUAAUAGUCCAAAAUCUGUGAAAGGAGGUAAAGCUAAGGCCUCAACUGUAGAACCAACUAGGACAAGUAGACGUCUGCGAGAAGCAGCUGAAAAGAAAAAGGUGAAACCAGAGCAUGCUGAUUUUAUUAUGGGUGAUUUUAUAGAUGUGGAUGUAGCAAUUAAUGAUGCAAAACCAGCAGCUCAGCAGAAAUCACCAAAGAAGAUAGCUGAUAAGUCUCAGGAAACUAAACAAACUGAAAAGGCAAGAAUGGAGUCUUGGUGCUUUUGUGAGGUACCUCAUGGCCCAGAUGAACCUCAUAAUCAUGCUGGAGUUGAAACUAAAACUAUGAAUGAUUUAACUGCCAAUAUUGUUAAUAAUGAUAAGGGAUGUCCAUCGAAGAUAAAUGAGAGUGAUACUAACACAGAUCUAGUUGCAAGUGCUCAUGCCACUGGUGCAACUUCCCUACUUCAGUUAUCAAUGGAACAUGUAGCUCAUGGUUCAAUUCCUCCUAGUACUAUUAGUGAGGGCCUGCAAGAAGCCACUGGUGCUGUGACCAUUGAUGCUUCAUCUUUAGUAGUUCCUCAGAUGGAAGGAGGACCACAAAAUGUAGUUGGGCCCGCCAGUCAACCAGGAGUUGCUUCAGUCACCCAAGCUUCUCCGUCAGUUGGGCAGAGCGUAAUGGGUGGCCAUGUGGUUACUGCCAUAAGCCAGCAUGGUGCCCAAGGAAGUGGGCGAUUAGUCAGUCAGCCAAUGAUUAGUGGGCAAGUUGUCACUGCUGGUCAACUGGUUGGCACUAGUCAGUUGAUGACACCAGAAGGUACAAUCUACAUUGAGGCCAGUGAAAUGUUAAGCAAUGGAGCAGUUGUGAUAAACCCUGGCCAAGGCACCUAUAUCAGCUAUGAUCAGAUUACAAUUGGAGCAGAUGGUCAGCAAUCAGAGUUUGGACAAGUCCUUUGCUUGUUCUCCAUUUCCUUUAGUCUUGAGCAUCAUUGGAGCAAAGGCUGUUUAGCCUGCAUGGCCUUCCUCCUAUGA